CUCGCAGCAGCAGCAGCAGCAGCAGCAGCAGCAGCAGAUCGCCCAGCAGCCUGACUGUCCGGACUCCCCUCCAUCUUCUUUAACCAUCCUGCUUCGCCCGUGUGACUCGGCUGAGAAGCUGCCAUGAAUCACAGCAAGGUGGAGUUUGAGCCUUUCGAAUAUUCCUACUACGAUUAUUCAGACUGGUACUCAAACAGUGCAGAGCCGACCAAACCGCCCAAAGAAGUCAUUGCACCAUGUGACCCCACAGCAGACGACAGGCUCUUCCACAUAUGCAUGCUGUCGAUAUCACUGGUGAUCAUGUUGGUCCUGGCGUUUCUCUCCAGAAAGAACAAACUCUGCCAAGGAUUCACAAGAGGAUCCUCCAGUAUCUUCAGUCCAACCAACUUCCUGGACCAGACUCAGAACAAAGGCCUGGUCAUGGCUGUGUUCGGACUGGUGUUCAGCAGGCUGGCUGUGCUGGUGAUCGGCCCGGACCCCCUGCCGUUCUGCAAAGACACUCCAGCAGACAUUAAAGAGUACAUGAAGAUAAUCGCCAUCUUCUACUACCCUGUCCUGUAUUAUCCUCUGCUGGUCUGCGGCACUCUGCAGCACAAAGCCGGCUAUGUGUUCGGGACGCUGCUGUCCUUCAGUCACUUUAGCGUCCUGUUGUGGCAGAAGUUUGACUGUCCAAAGACUCCAGAGAUCUAUAAGUACUACGCUCUGCUUGCAAGUCUUCCUCAGCUCGCCUGCCUUGCAUAUCUCUGCGUCCAGUUUCUCCUGCUGUUUGUCAAAGGACCAAAGACGGACGAGGACCUUGACAGCAGCUACUACAUCGACUACGUGAAGUCACUUCUCAAGAAAAGGUCCUCAACUGCUGCCAGCUCUUUGUCUACAGACAAACCAACGCUGGCAGAGAGAAUACUGGAGGUGCACAAGAGUUACAUCUAUGUACCAGAAAAAGUGUUUCGUUUUCCUCUGAAGCUGGCCGUGUCAGCCUUUGUCGCCUUUGUGGCGAUUUAUCAUACGGCGCUGUUGUUAGUCGUCCUGGUGGUCCCCACUCUUCAUAUCGUCCGUGCUGGGAUUGAUGAGAACAUCGCCUUCCUGUUGCUCGGCUUUGGGAUCGUCCUAUCAGACGACAGGAUGGAAGUUGUAAAAAUUGUGACCUUCUAUACGUGGUUGCUGGAAGUGUGCUACCUCUGUGCGAUGACCCUGUCUUGUCUGGUCAGUCUCGUCAUGCUCAUGAGGUCCAUGAUACUUCACAGGUCAAACCUGAAAGGACUGUACAAAGGAGACAUUUACAGCAUUUACAACAGCCAGAAGACAAUCUGUCCCUCUAAACCUGGAAUUGUCUGUUGGAUGGGUUUGGCGGGAUAUCAGGCUGCGAUCGUCUGCCUCGGAAUGGCUAUUCAGACCGUCGUGUUUUUCAUCUGUUUCUUGUUCCUGGUGUUUCUGAUAAUUAUCCCUGUUUUUUACGGCCGUAACAUCAUCGUUUUUGAAAUGGCGGGAAAGGCAUGGCCUGCCUGGGUCACACUGCUGCUGGUGACUGUGCUUCAACACGUGACCGCUAAGUUUGCUUUUAUCAAAAAGGAAGCUGGUACGAGAGACUUGAACAACAGAGAGAGUCUGUUUCUGCUGACGUACCUGCUGUUCCUGAUCAACACCGUGGUGGGACUGAUAGUCGCAAUAUGGAGAAUGGUGAUAACAGCUUUGUACAACAUCAUCCAUCUUGGUCGUAUUGACAUAAGUCUGCUGCACCGUACUGCGGAGUCCUACGACCCAGCCUACAGAUACUACACCCACUCCCUGAGGGUGGAGGUCAGCCAGUCACACCCGGUGAUGAAGGCCUUCUGUGGGCUGCUGCUGGACAUGUUGGUCGAGAGUGGUCGAGCUGGACAGAAAAUAAGAGAUGCAGAGGAAGGGAUUCAGGAGAACAGGCCGAGCGAGGUCACCAGCCGUCGGAGGAUUCGCUCUCGCUGGCAGCUGCUGUACACGCUGGUCAACAACCCCUCUCUGCUGGGCUCCAGGAAGCACUUCCAGACCCUGCAGACCUCUGAGAGCGUCCUGAACGGGACCCCGAACCACAGCUCCAAGAAAGGCAGCACGAAGGAGUCCGGGGAGCCAGCCGCAGCGCCAGUCCAGUCCACUGAGACCCCGGUGAACCAAGACAAAACUGACUGAGACCACUAAACUGUGUAGUGUGGCUGGCAGUAUACUCCAUUCAGACUGCUAUGGCACAGUGAGCCAAACAGUGUACAUCAUCUGGGCUUCUUGCUGGAAGAAGCUUGUGAAUCAUGUUGAAUUAAUUACAACUUGUAUAAAAAGCAACUAAUCACAUUUUUGUUGGACAUAAACAGGUGAUGGGAUGUUUUAACCCACCUGAGGACUGACCCACCUGCACACACUAUGGUGAUCUUUACUUCGGCUGACAACUUUUCUGAAUUCACACACGUCACUGUGAUAGUAACCCUGGGCUCUGUGAUCAGUGCCACAGGCAGAGCCGAGCUUUGUUGUUUAGUUUUGCUGUUUGAGCACGUUUGGAGUAUACUGU